AUAAGACAAAGGCAAAACAAAGGCAAAAAAAAAAUUGUAUAUUUAAUCACUGGUAAAAAAUAACGCCCCUUAAUAACCAGCGAUAUGUUGGCCAUCUCGGGCGUCUGUGGACUUGGAAUCCUAAUCCUUCUCAGCUUAAACAGCAAUGGAUUCGUUACAGCAUCAGAUAAUCAGCCGUUUAAGUACGAAAUAAAGGAGUUUCAAGUGCCGUUGGAUCAUUUUAGUUUCCUGAAAAAUGCAUCAUUCAAUAUACGUUAUCUGUACAACAAUUCAUUUGCGGACAAGGGGAACAAGCGAUCGCCAAUUUUCUUCUACACUGGCAACGAAGGUGACAUUGAGUGGUUUGCGCAGAAUACGGGAUUCCUGUGGGAACUGGCCGAGAAACAGGGUGCCGUGGUGGUCUUUGCCGAACAUCGCUAUUAUGGCAAGUCAUUGCCGUUUGGUCCAAAUACAUUCAAUAAGACAAUGCCGGAGAAUUUGGCAUAUUUUACGGUGGAGCAAACUCUGGAGGAUUUCGCCUUGCUGAUAACGUAUCUAAAGAAUGGCGCAGAUUUGCCCGUUGUGGCCUUUGGCGGAUCUUAUGGUGGCAUGUUGGCCGCCUGGUUUCGCAUGAAGUAUCCGCAUAUUGUUAUCGGUUCACUGGCAGCUUCGGCGCCGAUCUUACAGUUUCCUGGCAUAACACCGUGUGACAUAUUCAACAAGAUCACAACCUCAGUCUUUCACACGGCCUAUAACGGCAACUGUACUGUCAAUAUUGGCAAAUCGUGGAAAGCUAUUGAAAACGUGGCCAGCACUGACGCAGGUAAAAAGCAAAUUUCGGAUGCCUUCCAUCUAUGCAAUCCGUUGAAGGGACCGGAUGAUCUGACAAAGCUUCUCGACUAUAUUGAACUUGUGUACGGUAAUCUGGCAAUGGCCAAUUAUCCGUAUAACAACAGUUUUCUGGCACCUCUUCCCGCGUAUCCAGUGCGUCAGAUGUGCUUCUAUCUAAAGGAGUUGCAUAAAACGGAUGCCGACUUGCUUCAAGCCAUGGCCAAUGCAUUGGCUGUCUAUACUAACUAUACGGGCACAGUGAAAUGUCUGGACAUAUCCUCCAACUCGAAUGCUGAUGACUCCGGCUGGAACAUUCAGAGCUGCAAUCAGAUGGUAAUGCCUUUCUGCUCGAACAGCAGUGACACCAUGUACCGGACAAGCACGUGGGAUUUCAAAGAAGUGUCCGAGAAUUGUGUCCGCGAUUAUCAUCUUACUCCCAAACCGAAUGACAUAAUCUUACGUUAUGGCGGCAGAGAUCUGUCCUCCAUUAGUAACAUAAUCUUUAGCAAUGGCCUACUCGAUCCUUGGAGUGGGGGUGGUGUUCUGCAGGCUCCCAACGAUCGGGUGCAUGUCAUUAUAAUACCAGAGGGUGCUCAUCACCUGGACUUGAGGAAGAGUGAGCCGGCCGAUCCUCCAUCGGUGAUAGAUGCCCGACAAAAAGAGGCCACUAUUAUUGCCUCGUGGAUUGAGGAAUUUUAUAUCUGGUCGAAAAAGUAAACCAACUUUUCGCCUUGAAAAUUUUACACAUACAUAUGUAUAUGAUAAUAAAAUUAAAAUACUAAAUCAAAUUAUAUAAUACUCUAAUAAUUCCAAUAAAUACUUACACUUGCACACACAUUAAAAAGUUGAAAUAAAUAUAAAUGUAUUUCUUUAACCUUAAAA